UAAGAGAUUUGCGAAGUGAUAAAAAACACGAAAGAAAAUAUGAAAAUUGUUGGAAUGAAAUAUUACUCUAAAAUAUAUAAGAUUUAAUGAUAUUUUAAUUAGAAACUUCAGUUUUCAAGUGUUUGGUUGAAAUGGAACUGUGAUAGUUUUGCUAAACUUCGAGAACCAUGAACACUUUGAUGAAAACCACAUUCCGACGCUUCGCCGGUCAAGUCGGUUAUAUCAUUAAAAAUUAUCACGUAGAAUCCGGACUAACGAAAUUUCGCAGCAACGUGAAACCUCUCUGGCACGAAGACUCAAUCACCUGUAAUUUAGUUCAGAAAACGAUAAUUCCUCUGAACCAUGUUAACCAGAAACCAUCCAUCAUCGAUAAACCAAAAUUCAACAUAGUGGAAAAAAUAGAUACUCUGUUACCGGAGAAAAUCGAUAUUACUCCGGUUAAAGAAAUCGAAGAGCCUACUUCGGUCAACAUAGUCGAGAAAAAAGCCCACCGCAUGUUGAGAAUCAGACGUAAAAAAAUGAAGAGGCAUCAACGAAGAAAACUGCGUAAACGAAUGCACUACGUUUGGGCUAAAAUCAGAAGGAAACGUGAAGCGAAAAAAGAGACCGCUUUCCGGAACGAAAUUAUUGGAAAAUUACGAGAAGCCAAACGGUUUGACGCUGAAGCCUACGUUACUAGUAGAUUGGAAUUAUAUCGUCGCGAAAUACUACCUAACAGAAUUCCCGGCGGUGUUAUAAUGCCGGAAUUCGUCGUUCGUGAAGUACUGCAAAGAAGACGUGAUUGGGUGCAAAGAAUGAAAGAUUGGCGAGCACGCCAGAAGAAAAUGAUUGAGGAACGUGGCUCGUUGGCAGUCACUCCGGAUGAUAGAUUUAAUUGAAAAUAUUAAUUUGUUUACAGUCUAAUGUUAAUAUUAGAGAUAUUUUGUUCUUU